AUGGCCAAGCCUCAACCAUCUUGGGGCCUCGCUGGCCCUGAGACCCCAUCCUCGCCGCGGACAAUGCGUGCACUGCGGAAGAUCCAGUCUCACCAAGUCCUAACAACUUCCAGCGCUCUCAUCGCUCAGACCCAAUCCUCUCACCCUUCAGCCAAUGGUGCGACUGACCUUGGAACCUCUGCCGCAGUUGCUGGUGCUACGAUCCGCCCUGCUCAUCGUCGAGCGCGAUCGAACAGCGACGCGGCUGCACGCGAAGCCGCUCUGGUUGCAACAAUCCCGACACAGAGACGCCCAGCUCGUAAAACGGGGUCAGGAAUAGGUCUCAAAAGGUCUCUUCUUGAGAAUCUGAUUCGUGAUGGUCCACAAAAUGGAAAUACCCGGGAAGGACUGCAAGAAUUGAAAUACUUGGUAUUAUCGACUAGAGUGGAUGCGGAUGGGGACGGCAUGUCUCCGUAUCGAAUCUAUCUCUGGCUAAUCCUUCUCAAUGUCUCUCCGCUUCCUACUGACGACUACUUGGCCCUCGUCCAUCGCGGAGGCUCCCCCGCCUAUACCAAGAUCCGCAACGACACGUUUCGGACGCUGGCUACUGAUCCCCUUUUCAAGCGCCGUGUCACAGAAGCCAGUCUCAUUCGGUUACUCAACGCUGUGGCAUGGAAACUCCAUGACUCCAAAGUGAAACCUCGCUCACGGCCUACAUCAUCACGGAGACGGGAGAUGGAGAUGUUGGUGAAUACUCCCCCUAGCAUCAAAGAGGAGCCAGAUUUGGAAGAUCCAGGCUCUGCGCGAAGUAAUGCUGUCAAUGACUCGGCAAUUUAUGUGCAAGGCAUGAAUGUUCUUUGUGCGCCUUUUCUCUAUGCUGCUCGCAGCGAAGUGGAGGCCUUUGCCUUGUUCCACUACUUUGUCACCCAGGAAUGCCCGGGAUAUAUCCGUGGGACCAUGGAUGGAGUGCAUAAGGGUCUUCGACUGGUGGAUAGAUGUUUGGAAAUCGUGGAGCCAAAGCUUGCGGCCUACCUGUUCUCAAAAGGGAUGUAUGCAGAACUCUAUGCUUUCCCUUCUGUCUUGACUCUUUGUGCCUGUACACCUCCCCUGCCGGAGGUUCUGCAUCUUUGGGACUUCCUUUUUGCGUAUGGGCCGCAUUUGAACAUUCUUUGCAUUGUUGCCCAGUUGAUCCGAAUGCGGGAUACUCUUUUGGAGAGUCCAAGCCCCAAUAAAAUUCUUCGGUCUCUGCCACCUCUCGAUGCCAAAGAUGUUAUUGCUUUAACAGUUCUCCUUGUGCGGAAGAUUCCAGAGGAUGUCUAUGCUGAGAUGAUCAACCAUGCAAAGUGA